AUGGAUCCCUCUUACAACCAACCUCUUUCUGAAGACCAGAUGAACAUUGCGAUUUAUCAAGCCGAAAGGACUUUCUUCACAGACUUUCUAUGUCGCGUUUCUGAUGAGACCCGUCGUUACCACCCGAGUUCCAACUACCCGAGUAGUCCUCCUGUUAUUAUCGAUGUGCCUCGAACAGAAACCGAUGUUAUGGAACUCAUCAUGUUCUCUAAGAUUGGCUGUACCAAGCUUCUUAACGGCUAUCGAAAGCUUGGCUUUGGACCCAGCCAUGUCAUGGUUCCUCUGAAGAACCGUGAUGCCAAUGAUGGUCAACAGACUGGUUUCGUUAGAUUCCUGGAGGCUAUCUAUGAGGCGAACACUCUCAUAUACGGCCGAGCUGCAAUUCUUGCCAUCUUUGAAUGGUUCAUUCAGCUUCAAAACAAUAUACACCACCCCUCAGCUUCGGAUCUCGGACCAACGACGAGAAGUCAUAUGACUGCACCUGGGCGACCCCGAUCCCCGAUCGACCAUCUGACGGAGAUGCUGAAAUGGCAAACAGCAGGUCCUACUAUUCAGAGGCGUGGAGUCAACCUUACCUGCAUCAUGAUCGAGAAGCUGUGCGCCAAAGGUGCUGUCAUCGACCUUUACCAAGAUCGCUUCCUCACAAAUCAGCAGACUGGUAAACUGAAAAGGCCUCGCAAUGCGGUUGAGAUUGCCAUGAUGCCACAGUGUCCGGCAUUUUUCCUCCAAGCAUUCCUUUCCAGCCGCACACGCCAGGAAGAACAGUUUGUAGCUAUUGGUCCAAUCUGGAAGUCUUCUGGCGCCGACCUCCCACGAGGGAUGCAUUAUGCUGUGACCAACAUGGAAUGGAUCAUCACACGAAUUUACCGGGAUAUUUUUGGAGUAACCAAACAUGUCAAUGGCCACUUGCGUAUUGACCGCGAGUACGAGCACAAGUUGUCUCUUCUGAAUGACUCUUCCUGGACUGACAAUGUGGAGCUACGAGCACUGAGGAACCUCGUUGGAGUAGUCGAAAGAAUUCUCUACGAGAUUAACGAAUUCGAUGUUCAGCAAGGAGAGGACUUUAAAGACAAUAGCUGGUUUAGACUCUGCUAUGCUGUCUCCGAUCUGGCCGAUACCUCCUACCGGGCUAAUUAUGAGGAGUCUUCCAAGUACUUCGGUGACAGAAGGCAUCAGUUUGUCAUUGAUCCCUCAUGGGACCCUCGAUUCGAGUGGAUGGAGGCCGAGCUUGACAAGCAGAUCCUGAAGUCCGACUCACAUAUUUCUCGGACUGCGCGAGAUGAAGUGGCUAGUGUCUGGAGAGAGAUGAUCCUUGAGAAAGGCGGGGAUAGAUGGUGGGAUGUAGAAGAAGAACGUGACUUCUACGUUAUGUCCGGGGAGGUCGAGCAGGUCCUUGAAGACAACGCUCUUCGUGAAACGAAUGCCUUGCCUUUGUAA